AUGGACAAUAAGCGAAAGGCGACCGGUGCUGCCGGGGCCGACAUCGAUGGUGACGGCGAUGAUAGAGCAAGCAAGAGGCGCAAGGUGCCAGGACCUCCCUCUGAUUACAACCUUUUAGAGGGAGAAACUCCUGAGUCUACCACUGCCUAUGGCCUUCACUUCCUGGAAACAAUUCGCAGAACCAAGGAUAAAAGUGGCCGUCUCGUUGCUAGCUACUUCGAGGACCUUAUUCCUCACGAGGGCAAUGAAGAAUACUACCGCCGAAUCCGCAUGCCUCUUUCGCUCAAGAUCAUCGAGCAAAAGCUUCACAACCAAGAAUUCAAGAACCUGUCCGAGCUUGAGAGCUACUUCAAGCGCAUGGUGACCAAUGCCAAAGAGUUUUACCCUAAGAACUCUGAAAUAUACGAAGACGCAGAGCGCGUCAGGAAGGCCUUGAGCAAUUACAUGACGAAGACCAACCCUGCCUACAAGCUUAAUCCGGGAUACAGUUGUCAGGCUGCUCCCAUUCCCGAUGAUCUUGCCUCCGAUGCACAUGCACCAGCCGCUAUUGGCAGGACGCAAUCCUCCAGCGGGACAAACGGCAAAAGCCGACCCACCAAUAGCAAAGUGAAAAAAGAGCCAGAAGCCCAGGAGGAGGAUGCUGAGGGCGACGAAGACGCUCAAGGCGACGAAGAGCAGGCCGGUGGUGACAGCAACGAUGGUGAGGAAGAAGAUGACGGUCCCAGAAAGAUCGUGAUCAGGCGCAGAGGUACUGGCAGGCCCACGCGAGGCAGCACUGAGCCAUCUAAGAAGCAUGACAAAGCCGGCAGAGUUAGGGCCGAUCACGAGUACGAAGGUGUCCCAUACAAAGGCCUCACCUUCCAGCAGGCGCAAGAAAAGAUAGUUGAAGAGCUGAUCCGAAAGCCUGACGGACCGGAUCCCUAUUUCUUGGAUUUCAUCAACCUUCCCCCACGCUCUUAUAAAGAUUAUUUCGCUGUCAUCCAAAAUCCCUUAUCUCUCAAGGGUUUACAGAAGUUAGUGAAGGGCAUUCAUGGCCGGCAGCCGGCAACUGGUAUCAGCGACUUUAAGACCUGGGCACAGUUUGAGGAGAAGGCCAGUUUGCUGUGGGAGAAUGCGCAUUUCUACAACGAGGAGGGGAGUGAGUGCUUCUAUAAAGAGCUCAAUGAAGCCAAGGCUGUUGUACAGGAGCCACCGCAGCCCAAGAUCAAGUUAAAGAUGGCCCCAGGUCAGGAUGGUUCCACGGGUACCUCAAAGAAGAUUACCAUCCAUGUUGGAGGGUCGAGGGGCAGCGCAACCGCCUCGCCAGCUCCCCAGACAGCCUCUUCGGUUGAUGGUUCCAUUGAUCGCUCCGGCACUCCUGCUGGCUCGACAGCCGGGGCGAGCUUUGACAAGGGCAAGCUCACUGGGGCCGCACCAUCCCCAAGUCCCGCUCCCGGCACCGCUGGUCAGCCAUCUCCGGCAGUGACUCCGCGACUGAAUGGCAGUACUCCAGCCACGAUAAAUGGCGCCAAUGGGAUGCCAUCUGGGCAAGCACAGCUUCAAAAUGGCCAAUCUGCAUCCUCUACUGGACCGCUCCUGUAUGAUUCUAAGUAUCGUGCCCCGGGCAGAGGCCUUGCGGAUUCCCUGUUGCCGAGCGUUCUGAUCCGGACACAUCCCGGCGUUGUUAUGGACCGCCGGUUCCGUGUUGAGCUGCCGGCGCAUCCAAAAGAAGCGCAACAGAACAUCUCGUUACAUAUCCCAGCUGCUCACCAUCGACUGCAGCUCAUCCCUCGGCUGCCUCCUUUUGAACAGCAAGGUCGCGCAUAUCGUGUUUUUGUGACCAUCAACGGUCAGAUGGUGGGACGAGCUACCCCUCUGCCCAUCCCCGACGACCCUCUUCCCCGAGAUGCCAUGGUCUUCGAAAUCGGGCUGGGUCUUACUACCAACAUUAUCGCAGUUACGGUGGUUGCCAGCUUGCCCAAAGGGCAGAAGCUGCCUAAUGGCGCCGACUGCGAAGUGGAGAGGAUGACUAUCUACGCUCAGCUAAUGAGGGGUUACUAG